UAUAUAGAUGUAUACAUGUAAAAAGCAUAAGUUAGGACACAAUGAAAUGAAAUAGUGAAAAAGACACGACGUUAUCUCGAACUAGUACGAAGAACAAAACAAUAACGAAUGGAGGUAUCUACAAGAUCGACGAUCCCUCCAUCUCUAAGAGAGUAUGAUUCGCAUUUCGCAGUUGCGUAUACGAAUAUGAAGCCGUCCAGUGUAUUCUAAUAGAGAGAAUUUAUUUUGAGACGUUGAUUUUACCUUAAUUAAAAUGGUUAAUCAUAUCAAAGAAUAAAAUUGUAAAUCCACUCGCAAACGAUCCGUCAUGUCAACGAUCAAAGGAGAUAACGAUAAAGAUGACAAUUUUAAGAGACAGGGUUCAUUUAGAAAGCUUUUGCCAACGAACGUCAACGGGGACUCCCAAUUGAGCAUGUCAGUAAAAAUGAUCGAUAGGCCGAAUAUCUCUCAAACCAGCAAAGAUUAUGCUGUUUUCUUACAGGAGUAUAAUAUUCUUUCGGAAUACAACAUACUGCGAAUUCAAGAUCUAAAAGGAAUUUAUGUCAUACCAUCGGCACAGAAUUCUUUUGUUUGGUUUGGAGUUCAAUUCAUUCGACAAGGGAUUUAUCAAGGUGGAGUCUUUAGAUUUACUCUCACGUUGCCUGAAAACUUUCCAGACGGUGGAUGUCCCAAAGUUGUAUUUCAAACCAAUGUCUUCCAUCCGCUUAUAAAUCCAGAAACAGGAGAAUUAUGUACAACUUGGGCUUUCGUCGAGUGGAAAAGAAAUAAUAGGGUAUGGCAAUUGAUACAGUACAUAACAAAAAUACUUACUAAAGUAGAUACAAGAAUGACGCCUAUAAAUCAAGAAGCAUCCAUUUUAUUGCAAAACAAUUUUGAUCAGUUCCGAGAACGAGCCAAAGAAUGCGUGAGGGAAAGUUUGAAUCAGGUAUAUAAUCCACCGGCAUUCGAGGAUCCGCAUUAUAUCACGUUCACUCCGUACAUACCAGAAUUACAUGAUCCCGUUAAGCAACAAAUAUACGAAACAAAGGGAGUAGAAGAGAAUCGAGCGUUAGGACUUUCGUGGGUUCAACCUGGUUCCCUUCAGCCAUUCUCAAAGCCAGAAUCCAGAUAAUGAGGAGUUCCAUUAUUUGUCAUAGCAAUGAUUUAUACCAUUACGAAUUUAACUACAUAAGCACAAGCCUCUCUCUCUCUCUCUCUCUCUCUCUCUCUCUCUCUCUCUCUCUCUCUCUCUCUCUCUCUCUCUCUCUCUCUCUCUCUCUCUCUCUCUCUCUCUCUCUCUCUCUCUCUCUCUCUCUCUCUCGAUGACUAAUAUAAUGAACAGACUGUUAAUUGAAAUUAUAUUUUUGUAUAAACAGAGACAAGAUAAUAUUUGAAAUCUA